GGAAAAUUUAAUUGCUUUUAUAGACCAAAACAAUGCUUUAUCCUCUCUAAAUGUAGCACAAUUAGGUUUCUAGAGUUGUUCUCAAAAGACCUCCCUGAGUUUGGGUUGGACAUCACCCAGGUAAAACCUGAGAGGGAUUACUGGUGUUACAUAUUGUUGACUCUCUGGCUGUUUCUUUCUGCUACUUAUACGUUCUGCCAGGUUUCCCAAGCGAUUAAUGGAUUUACUCUGGGAAGCGAUUUUCUGCCUUAUGUGAUCUUGACCUAUACAGUUCCGGACAUUUGCUGAGUUGAGAGGAAGUCAGCGGAGGCAACACAGUGAUCUGAGGACAGUUUAAAGAAACAGUCACUGUAGGAUGGAAUGCAACACUGAUGAUGGAGACAAUAUAACCAGCCAACAGGUUCUGUGUGUCCGUGACCGGACCACCAGGAAACGUGUCUCCACUCUGAAAUUGUUCAUUGUGGCCUUGUCCUUCGCUUACUUCUCUAAAGCACUGGCGGGAAGCUACAUGAAGAGUUCCAUCACUCAAAUUGAGAGAAGGUUUGAUCUCUCCAGUUCACACACUGGAGUCAUUGACAGCGGCUUUGAGAUCGGCAACUUGCUGUUUCUUGUUGUGGUCAGCCACGUUGGAGCUAAGCUCCAUCGACCCAGACUCAUCGCUAUGGGAUGUUUCCUCAUGGCUCUUGGGGCCUUUCUCACUGGCCUGCCGCACUUCUUCAUGGGACGCUACAGGUACGGCACAGUCAGUCAGGUUUUGAACAAUGACAGUGUGAAUAUCGCUGCCUGUGCAGAUCCUUUGAAGCAACGUGACUUACUGGAAAUCCAUACUGAACAUUCACCAGAAGACAACAAAGCUUGUGUCAAAGAGUCUGGUUCCCACAUGUGGAUGUACGUGUUCCUCGGGAAUGCUCUGAGGGGGGUUGGAGAAACUCCAGUCACACCACUCGGCAUCUCUUACAUUGACGAUUUUGCCAAAGCCAAAAAUUCUCCAUUCUAUAUUGCUUGUCUACAGACCAUUACUCUCCUGGGCCCCAUGUGUGGUUUCCUUUUGGGUUCCUAUUGUGCCAAACUCUACGUUGACAUUGGGUAUGUUGAUCUGGACAGCGUGGCCAUUUCUCCUAAAGACUCCCGCUGGGUCGGUGCUUGGUGGAUGGGCUUCCUGGUGUCCUCUGUCCUCCUCCUCCUUUCCAGCAUUCCCUUCUGGUUCCUGCCCCACUCGCUGCUAAAACAGGGGGCAAACCAGGACAAGCAAUCCUGCGAGACCCUGGACACCCCAGCGGACGCCCCCAACAACAUUAACAGUGUCAAGCUCAGUGACAUCGCGAAAGGGUUUCUUCCCUCACUGAAGCGUUUGCUGGGAACUCCAACCUACUUUUUGCUCCUUUGUGGGAGCAUCCUAAAGUUCAACUCCUUGAUCGGCCUGUUCACCUUCAAGGCUAAAUACAUGGAGCAACAGUUUGGACAGUCAGCAUCUCGAGCCAACUUCCUCAUUGGUGUGUUGAACUUGCCAGUGGUUGCGGUGGGGAUCUUCCUGGGAGGGCUGCUGAUGAAGAGGUACAAGCUGAGCGUGGUGUCUGGAGCGCAGCUUUCCUUCGCCACAUCCUUCAUGUCGUACCUCCUUUUGCUGCUGCAGUUUAGCACUAAGUGUGGCAACAUUCCUGUCGCCGGGCUCACUGUGUCAUACAACGGGGCGAAGAAUGUGUCAUACGACAUCAACACGAUCAUCUCAGAGUGUAACAGUGACUGCUCGUGCUCCGUAGAUGAAUGGGAUCCCGUAUGUGCAGAAAGCGGCAUCACCUACGUUUCCCCGUGUAUGGCCGGAUGUCUCAACUCCACUGGAUACGGCAAGAACACAUUGUUCCACAACUGCAGCUGUGUGUCCGCCCCAUUCCCAGCAGAGAGCAGCCCUUCUGUCAGGCUGGGUCAGUGUUCCCACGCCAAGGAGUGUGGUCGCAGUUUCAAGUCCUACAUGGCUGUAUCUGUCCUCAGCUCCUUUAUCAACGGCCUAGGAUUGACGCCUGGAUACAUGGUCAUCAUCCGAUGCAUCUCAGCAGACCUCAAAUCUCUUGCACUGGGCAUCCACACCCUAGCAGUUAGGACUCUUGGGGGAAUUCCUGCACCAGUAUACUUUGGAGCCCUGAUUGACUCAACUUGCUUGAGGUGGUCUGUCAAGCAUUGUGGGAGCAGAGGAGUGUGCCGAAUUUAUGACUCAGAUAUGUACAGGUUCGUCUUCUUGGGUCUUAUCUCAUGUCUCAGUGGUUCCUCCUACUUCUUCAUGAUUGUCGUCAUCGUCCUUCUCAGAAAACAGUUCAGAAAGCCAGAGCUGGAAAUGGAGACACAGGAACCAGAGGAUUCAAAAGUAAUUGAACUCCAUACAACUUCAUUCCAGCCCGUGCAAAGACCUGAACUGCCUCAUACCCUCAGUGUUCAGGUAAUGAUGGCGACAAAAGUGGAAGAAGGCAUGGAGGUUCAGCUCACCCAAGAAGGCAACACCUUUCACAUCCAUCAAGACGAGAAGCUGAACCCAAAAUAUCUUACAGAAUCCACUGUUGAGUUCAGUAUAUCUCAGAGUGAGGUAGCAAAGAUAGAGAUAGAUGAAGUGAAGUCAGAAGAACGAAGAGAAGAGGAAGAACAAAGAGAAGAGGAAGAAGUUAACAAGGAGACCAAGGAAGAUGAGACACUGAACCAUCACACAAAUGGACUAAACUAAACUGGUUUCAACUAUAGCAUAAAGCAAGGCCAACUGGGGACAUGCUAGCCAUGUUGCUCACUUUGCCCAAAAUUCAGAAUU